UUUGGGCAUUUCUCAUUUCCACUGGCAAACCUGUUUAUUGAUUUCAUUGUCGUUUGAACCAUGGCACCGCAACCGAAAAUCGCCCCCUCAAUGCUGUCCAGCGACUUUGCGCAAUUAGCCGCCGAAGCGAAGCGCAUGAUUGACUAUGGUGCGGACUAUUUGCAUAUGGACGUCAUGGACGGUCAUUUUGUACCAAACUUGACUAUGGGACCCCCAAUUAUCAAGAGUCUUCGGAAGCACACGGAUGCUUUCCUAGACUGUCAUCUGAUGGUAUCAAACCCAGAAAAGUGGGUCCAUGACUUUGCGAAAGCUGGCGCCUCACUCUAUUGUUUCCACAUUGAGGCAACCGAUGACGCUUCUGGUUUGAUCGAUAAGAUCCACGCAGCGGGAAUGAAGGCCGGUCUAGCUGUGAAGCCAAAAACGAAAGUGGAUGUAGUAUUCCCUCUAGUAGAAAAGCUGGACCAAGUGUUAAUUAUGACUGUCGAGCCUGGCUUUGGAGGUCAAAAGUUUAUGGAAGACUGCGUGGAGAAGGUCAGGAUUCUCCGUAGCAAAUAUCCAGAACUGGACAUAGAAGUCGAUGGUGGACUGGGCCCUGAUACCAUCGACAAGGCCACUUCCGCUGGUGCGAACGUUAUUGUUGCUGGUACCGCCAUUUUUGGUGCCCCAUCACCCAAGGACGUGAUAUCCAUCCUCAGGGAUAGUGUGUUGAGGAACGUUACCAACAAAGCGUAGAAGAGAACGAUGACGACCUUCCUGUACAUGGCUAUGAUACAUUAGGUACUUGAGGGUGGGUUCGACUGGAUUGCCUAGCCAAGCGGCCCCAUCCAUUGUGGUAGGCAGGGGAUUGAAUAACAAUGGGGAUGUAGAACGGUUGGAAAAGGCAUGUCGCUGUAUAUACUGUCAAGUUAUUUAGCCCUGUCUAACAGGAAUAUACAGAUGCAAACAGCAUCAUAUUUCAUAGCACAACCAGAAAUUCGUGUACUACAAUGAUGCUAGAGGUCAAACUAACGUACUGCGCGACCCUUGUGCAGUUGUCUUACCUCGAACUGAAUAUCACCA